AUGCCCAUUAUUGACAUAACAGAAGAGUUAAUGCAGAAUGAAACUGCGGAGGAAGAAGUAGAGAGGGAUGAGUUAGAGGAGGAAGAAGUAGAAUGGGACAAGUUAGAAGAGAAAGACCACACACUCAUUUAUCCCUAUCAUCCGAUCUGUUUGACUUUCUCUUUCUCUCCUAAAUUCUGCUACCUCCAACCUCAACAAUUCUCUUGUACCUCCCGCUGCAACCACUCCCUCUCAUCCUCCCUUUCACAUGUGAUUACCACCACUUCCAUCGUCCUCUUGAUCUCUUGUGUUUCCUUGUUUGUGAGAUUUCUCUAUACCUGGACAUUUUUUGAGGACAGCUACAUAUUAUUGGUGAUUUUCUUUUCCACAUGGUGUUUGGCGUUUUAUUUUUUGCCAGACUCCAAACAUUAUUCUGUUCAAUAUAUUGAUCAUUUGAAAAGUGCUUUUCUUGUGUUUCUCAAACCAAAAUGGCCGCGGGGCCGCAAAUCAUGCCUAUUACACCAGUUCACAGAAAAAAAAUUUAUGGCAGAUUGCCCACAUACCAUUGGUGUAGAGUUUGGAACAAGAAUAAUUGAAGUUGCUGGCCAGAAAAUCAAGCUACAAAUCUGGGAUACAGCCGGACAGGAACGAUUCCGAGCAGUGACCCGGAGUUACUACCGUGGAGCUGCUGGAGCCCUUAUGGUCUAUGAUAUCACAAGGAGAAGUACAUACAACCAUUUAAGCAGCUGGCUUACAGAUGCAAGGAAUUUAACAAAUCCCAAUACGGUUAUAUUUUUGAUUGGCAAUAAAUCAGAUUUAGAAGGACAAAGAGACGUCACGUAUGAGGAAGCAAAACAGUUUGCCGAAGAAAAUGGUUUAAUGUUUCUUGAAUGCAGUGCUAAAACUGGAGAAAAUGUAGAGGAUGCGUUUCUUGACACAGCUAAAAAAAUUUACCAAAAUAUUCAAGAUGGAAGUCUGGACCUGAAUGCCGCCGAGUCUGGAGUCCAGCAUAAACCGUCUGCUCCUCGUAAUGCACUCAACACAGACCAAGCACCCAGUAAAGAGGGCUGUGGCUGCUAG